GAGUGCAACCCGCUCUGGGUUUGCAGACGGAGGGUGGCGGUGAGCUGGGGAAUGUGUGUGGCUGCAGGGAGCCGAGCAGCCGGACACUGCCCAGCACCCCUACUCAGCACCACCGGGCUCACCCGAGGGUGCCAGGCGGAGACGGGCAGCUGGGCGAGGCAACGGGCGCUGGGGAUCCUGUCCGGGGGGGAAUCCUGGCGCCGGAGAUCGGGGAGCCCUCGCCACCUCGGUGGGCAGCCAUGGGUUGCCGGGGGGGCCCCAGCACUGUGCUGGCCUGCCUGCUUCUCCUGCGGCCGCUGGCCUCGCCAGCCUGCCCCACCGCCUGCCGCUGCUCCUCGGGGGAGGCAGACUGCAGCAAGCACGCGCUCCGCGAGGUGCCGCAGAGCCUGUCGACCAACACCAGCGCCCUGUGGCUUGGCUACAACUUCAUCGCGGUGCUGGAGCCCCGCUCCUUCCCUCCCUUGCCGGGGCUGCUGCUGCUCAGCCUGACCCACAACCAUCUGGGGCUGAUCCACAGCCAGGCGCUGGUGGGGCUCGGGGCGCUGCAGGAGCUGGACCUCAGCAACAACUACUUAACCGUGCUGAGCCCCGAAACCUUCCUGCCCCUCACCAGUCUGGCCACGCUCAACCUGGGCAGCAACAGGCUGGGGGAGCUGGAGCCUGGGGUGCUGCGUGCCCUGCCCCAGCUCCGAGCCCUCUUCCUGCAGGACAACCCCUGGGUGUGCAGCUGCGGCAUCCUGCCCCUCUGGCGCUGGCUCAGCCACAACAGGGAAAAAGUGCGAGAGAAGAGUUUGGUCCUCUGCAGAGUUCCGGAGCAGCUGAACAAGUAUCCAAUAAUGGCCUUCGGGAAUGAGUCCUUCAAGCAAUGUCAGGAGACCUCACUGUCUGCCCAGCACUACAUUGUCUUCUUGAUCAUUGGACCAUUCUCCUUCAUGGCCAGCAUCUUAUUCUGCACCUUUAUGGGCUCCACGAUAGUGGUUUAUCACAACCUGCGCAGGGAACCCCACUUCUGGAGGAGACCCCACAUCUGCAGGGGCUGCUGAGGCAGGGUAACCAGGCUUUAGCCCUAGGCAGGCUGUAGUCCAUGCUCUUCUCCAGAUGUCUGCACCCCUCUGUUGCAAACAUUUCUAUGUGGACCAGUGAGAGGAUGCUCUGUUCCUGGAAAUCACUUUUCUUCCUCCUCCCAGAGUCCUCCAAGAUGAUGCCAAGCUCCCUCUGCCCCACUGCUGGGGGGGACAACCUCCAGCUCAGCCCCACUGCAGGGCACGGUCAGACUGCAGAUGCUCUCAGUGUUUCAGGAGGCUCCCCCAGGCCACUCUCAGAUCUGCACAUCCCCUUCCUAGGAGUGGGCAGGUGAUCCUCCUCCUCCAGCUCAUCCUGUUCUGCCCCUUCUUCUGCCCAGGGCCUUAGUGUGCAUCUCAGGAUGCACCAUAUGCCUCUGUGUGUUUUUUUGGUGCACCCCGGGAGUCUCUGUUUGCCUUCCAGUGCAGCCCAGAGCCUCUGCGUGCCUUUGAGGUUGUCCCAAAGCCUUCCUUGGGCCUUUUGGUGCCCCCCGCACUCCCCAUCAGCCAUGCAGUGACCCCAGCAGCCUCAGCAUGCUUUUCUGUUCCCUCAAGAGCCCUUGGCUUGGCUUUCCGUGCAUCCAAUUGCUGUCUGUUUGGCUUUCUGUCUCCUGACAGACAUUGCUUUGCCUUUUGGUGUGCCCCAGAGCUUUCUGUGUGCCUUUUGACACACCUGAGGAUCUCUGGAUGUUUUGGGGCACUCCGGAGAUUCCAUGGGACUUUCAGAAAUCCCCAGACCCCUCUGUAUUCUGCUCAAGGUCAGGACAGGUUGCAAAAUGUUUCUUUUGAUAGUUUUUUUGUUUUGUUUUGUUUUGUUUUGUUUUGUUUUGUUUUGUUUCCCUUGAGACAGGGCUGCUGGUGCUGAGAAGGCUCAGCCAAGAACCAAGAUCUAGGGUGGGACAUUUAGAGUGAGGGUUGGAAAGAGACAAAGCCUUGAGCUCUCACUGAUGUGGAUCCGCAAAGGGGCUGCCAAAGGAUGGGUGAGGCUGCACAGUGAUUCCUCCCCCAGUAGCUUUUCCCCUAGGCUAAAGCUCAUCCAAGGCGAAGGCCUACAGUUAGCUCAGUGAUGGGAGUGGGGACAAAAAAGCCCAUGUGAGUUUACAGCACAGAGCCUGCAGGCUUUGCUGCUGCCUCACCUCCUGUUGCCCACAAAAAGGCUGCCCCUGCAUCUCCCUGCCCCGCCGCCUCCUGCUCUUCCCUGGGGAAACACUUCAACCCCUCGUUACAUGGAAAUGCUUAGUGAGUGUGCUGGGAGAUGACCUGGAAGGAGCUGGAGUGUGCUCUAGAGGAAACCACAAGCUGGGUUAACAAAAGCAUCUCUCAAGAAGGAGCCACAGCUCUUUCUGGCAUGAGUUCUUAGAAAUUGCAAGGCCAUAAGAGCCAGAAUGAGAUCACUGUGACCACCGGUCUCCUGCUGUUAGCUCAAUCUCUUGCCUGUGCAAGAGCUGUGGGACCAGCCAGGGAUGUGGCAGGGGUCAGUGCAUCCUUUGGCAAGCUCUUGGCAAGUGUUAAAUAAAUCAUGCGGAGAAUAAACCAAAUGUCACCUCA